UCUUUUGCUAGGGACUGACACCUUAGUGGACCUUCUUUUUAAGUCUUUUUUUUUUGGGUGGGGGGAGAGUGUGCUCCCUAGACCAGUGCCCCUCUUACAGAGAGAGAGAGAGAGAGAGAGAGAGAGAGAGAGAGAGAGAGAGAGAGAAACAGUUGCCGAAAAAAAGACAGUCUCGAACUCUCCCGAAAGUCACAACAAACAACAAACUGAGGCGCGUAAGGUCCUAACAUUGUAGUCACAGCCCAAUGGAUGAAGAGGAAUGGGGAGAGCUUGAUGAAAAUGCUAUGGAAGAAUGUAUGAUACUGGCCACACAGUUAUGUACACAGCAACAGGAUGUCACAGGUGGCCAGAACAACCCUUACAAAGCAGCAGCUCCUCACAGUAAGCAACACCCUGAGACUGCACCCAGAAAAGUUGCAGGUGUAGUAAACAAUGGCACUGUGAGGGACAGUGGAGUAAGCAGCACAAGGACCAGCAAUUUGCAUCACUCAGUCAGUAACAUAAAUGGCUGUGUUAAUCAAAAGAAAGAUAUAUCCAGUAGUUACAUGAGCAGGUUCAGCGAUUUUUCUACUGCAAGCACCUGUUCACACCCAAACACAUCAAUGAGGAAGCCAGUGGCAGGCCCAGUAAGAAGUGGCAGUCUAGUAGUAGGUUCAAGGAGUAGCCCCAGCAAGGCCAAGAGUGCCACUAACUAUUGGCUGGGAAAUUAUGUAAGUGGAACAAGCAAUCAUGUCCCAGUGAAGAAGGCUGAAGAAAAGACAAAUCUUGAUGAAAGGAUUCUUAUGAUGCAGGGAGAGAUUUCCCUGCUGCGAUCAGAACUGAAGAGGAAAGAGACUACUUUAGAGACGGAGCGCUUGGACCACUGUGCUGCCAUUGAGGCUGCGGAAAAAAAAAGGAAGAGAAAAGGCUUGUCAUUUUAUUGUUUGUGUGAAAUUUUAACAAAUUAGUGUAAUAUGAGCCUUGCAUUACACUGUCAGAAAGACCAUUUUAUAUUACAGUUGUUAAUUAUGAUGAAUUGUAAUUUUUAGUAUUUUUGUUACAUGGGAAUUAUUUAUAUUCCUAGAGUCUAACCACAGAUUAUGACAUCAAGAUAGGUAAUGAAUUCUUUGCACGCUACAGAAAAGACUUUUGUAAUGUCAUUGCUUGUUCUCUUCUUGCUGAUUUUUUUUUUUUUUUUUCCAGGUAAUUAAACUGGCAGCAGAAGCAGACAUGAAGCUGAAGGAUAAAAGCAUGGCAUUUGAUAAAUUACAAGGAGAACUUCACUUCAAG